AGCGCUGCCGGCCGCGGAGCCGAGCGGGGCGGCAUGGCCAGCCUGCUUCCCGCCGCCGCUUCUCCCGCCGGCGCCGCCUCCCGCAGCAAGAAGCGCCCGGCGAGCCCGGGCACCGGCGGCGGCCCCGCCAAGAAAAAGAAAGCGACGGCCCCGGGUGGCUCGCAGAGUGCAGGGGGAGAGGCCAUGAAUGAAAAUAAACUUCUGAACACAGACUCCAGCGCAGGAUCAGUGGAAACUACCGUCAAGCCCUUACCAUUUAAAGAUCCAAACUUUAUCCACUCUGGCAUUGGUGGAGCAGCAGCUGGCAAGAAGAACAGAACUUGGAAGAACCUAAAACAAAUUCUUACUUCUGAAAGGGCAUUGCCAUGGCAACUAAAUGAUCCUAGCUAUUUUAAUAUUGAUGCUCCUCCUUCCUUUAAGCCUGCCAAGAAAUAUUCUGACAUUUCAGGACUUCCGGCAAAUUACACAGAUCCCCAGAGCAAGCUAAGGUUUAGUACUAUUGAAGAAUUUGCGUACAUUCGGAUGCUCCCUUCAGAUGUGGUUACGGGAUACCUAGCUCUAAGGAAAGCAACAAGUAUUGUUUCCUGAAGAGACUGAAUACUGUCGUACAUCGCUUGUGAACAGAGCUAAUUUUGAGCACCAUGACGAAAAGUGACUGUGGGACUGAGGUUCUUUAAAACUAUCCAUGGAUUUUUACAUCUGGAAGUAGUUGAUGAUACAUGCAUUUGAAGAACAUAUGGAUUUAAUUUUCAUAAAUGCUGAUAUUUGUUAGUUUGCCAAUUUGUCAGCAAUUUGGUUUGGUGAACAGAAUAACUUAGGCCUUAAGGAUAUAUAUUUGUACCAUAAUGUCUCAUUUAUAUUAAUUUUUGUAGAGACGAGAUUUCAUCUCCACCCUGUAUAUUUUAUGCACUGCCCUGGCUCAGAAGGAAUCCUCAUUUAAAUUAAGAAAAAGGC